AGACCGGCGUGGCCGUGUCCUGUGCAGCUUCUCUCAAAGGUGGCAUGGAAUCAGCAAAACAUAAAGAGGGGAAGAUUUUUUUUUUAUUUUGAAAAACCUUCAAUACCCCCCAAAAUAGAGUCGUUCACACGGUGAGCCGCAGACACCGCCACCCAGCCACGGGUGAGCACUCACGGAAGCACAGUGCCCUUACAGCCACCGCUGCACCUAACGAAACCAGGAGUGAUUCCAGGGGCAUAUAUAAUAUCAACCCAUCACUGCACCCGGAAACCUAGUGUCAUCUGUCAGUUAUGUCUCGAUAAAGCUGGGGAAAGGCCGUAGAAAUUACCUCCAGGGCUGCCUCCCGCCCUGAGGUCACAGAGACACCUUUGGUCACAGACCACGGUGGAAGAGGCCAAGCAGAAGGGGCUUUCUCGUCAAUGCCAGGGGUCUAAACGGGUUAAGUGUCGCUGGCCGAUAGACGCUUCUCGGUCUUCAUGGGGACGCAUCGCUGCACUGACUGCACAGCCCGGUGUCCCUCCCGCCUGCACCUGCUGCGUCCCCGAGUGCCAAGGGUGUUGGAGACGGGCUUGUUCCCCGUGGCGAGGAGCCUCGGCCAGGGACAGGCCGUCCCCCUCAGAGUCCAGCUGCUUUCCGUUCCUGUUGGCAUCAUCCCUCCUUCGUGCCUUUUGACCCCUGGAAGCCCUUUUGACUGCUCCCAUGUGUCCAAAUGCAUCCGAUCCCACGUGGCGCUUGGCCGCUUUCCAAGCCUUUUCGGAGCUCAGCACGAUCACAGGCAGCUUCAGCCGAAGAUGGGCUCCUGUUGAACAGGAAGCAGUGAUGUGUGCCCUACAAGGGGUACCGGAGCCAGUGGAGGUGGGCCUUGGUCACUUGGGGUGACAUGCCGCUGCACCCUAGUUCUGGGAGCUUGACUUCCCCAUUGAAGCCCCAGGAGGGCCUCAGAGUCUGUCCACCAACCAGCCUACACGGCCCCGCCGGACGCUCAGACACCUCUCACCCACAUCCGUGAGUCACAUUUGGGCCAUCUACGAACUGAAAGCUGUGGUCAUCACUUCUCAUUUCCUGUUCUUGUUAUACCAGCUGAGUCCACAGAGCAGCCUCAAGUCAUUCCCGACGGCCAGAGCAGGAAGAGGCACCUCCCGCGGGGCCAGCGCCCCCCAGCCCCCUCCUCAGAGCCCCCCUGGGCUUGGAGCUGGUCGGGGGUCCGCGGGGCCCCCAUGGAUCUGCCUUACUACCACGGCCCGCUGUCCAAGAGGGCCUGCGAGAAGCUGCUGCUCCAAGACGGGGCGGACGGCAGCUGCCUGCUGAGGGACAGUGAGUCAGUGCCCAGCGCGCCCUGUGUCUGCGUCUUGUUUAAGGACUUCAUCUACACGUACCGCAUCUUCCAAGAGGAAAACGGAUAUUACAGCUUGCAGACCAUGGAAGGCGUUCAGAAGCAGAUCUUCCCGAACUUGAAGGAACUGAUCUCCAAGUUUGAGAAGCCAAACCAAGGGCUGGUGGUCGCCCUUCAGAAGCCAAUCACCAGAAGCGGCCCGUGCCUGAGUGAGGGGAGGCUCCGGCUGGAGCUGGAUGACGUUUACGAGAACUGCAACAGCGACUACGUGAAGGUCUUGCCUUGAGGACAAGGGUGACAUGUCACCACGGCCCGGCUCGUCCUGGAAGGCUGAGUCCUCGGAGAUAAGCAGACAAGGCGACUGCGCCGUCCUGUGUGCCCCGCUGCAUGCCGCCAGAAGCUUUGAAGCCUCUUCCACGUCGGGGCAGCUGGAGCCCAUCCCCUUGCUGGGUUGUGGCACAGUCGCAUGUCACAGGUGACGUCACCUUGGACCAUUCAGUCGGGGCGGGGGGUUACAGCUGUGAGGUGCAGCCCGAGUCCCAGGGCUGUGGCUACGUGACAUUGGAGGCUGCGCCCCCUCUGGGCCUCAUUUCUUUAUCUGCGGAACGGGAGGCUGGGUGGUGACACGUGCUGCGCUGCCUCUCUGCUGAGCCGGAUCAUGCCCGGUGACAUGUGCACACGUCAGAAGUGGCCGGGCCCCGCCCCCCGGCCAGUGCUGUCCACCCCACCUGUGCCUCCUGGCCACGGGCUUCUCCCUCCCCACCACCCGGCGACCCGCCUCCUGCUCGCUCCUGGUCCUGGUCUUGCUGGUGGACGUUGCCUUGGACAACCUCGCCCGAGUCUGCCCCUCCCAUCGAUGUCCCCCCACUCGGCAGCACCGGUGGCUCUGUACAGUGACACACGUGGGCAUUUUAUGGAGCCGGUGUGGCUCCUGUCCCUGCUGGCUGUGCCUCGGAGCAUGGGGGGCUCCCUUGUGUCCUCCUCGGCGUGCACACUCGGCGUGCAGGAGUGACUGACCUCGGUGUGCGGGGGUGACCGGCCUCGGCGUGCGGGGUGACUGACAGUAUGCCCACCGCCCAAGGAGACCGCAGCUGGUCUUGGGCCUGGGAAUCCUGCCACCCGAUCGGACUGUACGGCCGGCGGGUGUGGGGCGAACGGGUGCUGCACCUGCGUCCCACUCCCCACACUGGCCCCGCCUCUCCACGUGACUGAGGAGACACUCUGUGACCAGCACGCGCUGUGGCUGGAGCCCCAAAGGGCGAGCCAUCGUGAGCUCCUGCAGCUGCCCCCCAGCAGAGACGGGGAUGCGGCCACACUCCACGGACGGGGCGAGCCAGCCCCUCCGGCUGGUGCUGGGACGCACGCCCGAGGCGAGUCCUUGUUCUGUCUGUGUGGUGUGAAGAUGCGCGUCAGCGUCCAGGGCCCACGGCCAUCCUUGGCAUGGAAAAUACAUCCGGUGAUUAUUCCCGGACUGGGUGGCCGGAUGAAUCGCUGUGUCGCACGAGGUCCCCCCCGGGUGGCAGUGGCGUCUGUCCCCUCGUCCUCACUGUGCUGCAGCAGGAACCACACGCAUCGAAUGCCGAUGCCACGCCGUCCCGUCGCCUAACGCAGCCACGCUGCUCAGCGGCCACUCAGCGGCCGGCUUCAGGGAGUCGACGCUGCGCUUCAGAUUUCUGCAUGAAAACUCAUAAACUCGGUGGAACGCAGAUUUACGGAAUCGUGACGGAAUCAUACAAGGCCGUCUUCCUCCUUUGCCUAUUUUCGGCGUCACCUUUGUAAGGUGCGGUGAUCCGCCCCUCGAGAGCUGGCUGGAGUUCUUGCAAGGCCGCCUCCGAGGCUCUGGCGAAGAAGGGGAGACGUCUUUUAUACCUCCUUGAACACCCCUGAUUCUCACUGGUUUGUCCAGCUAUUUUGCCAGUUUCGGCACCGUGUGUUCCAGGACUUUAUCUACUUUGUUUCCUCCUGAGACUCUUCUAGCGUUUUAAAGCUGUGCUGUGGCUGA